GGACUUUCGCUGAUAGUCAGCCGAGUGGAGAGCUGUGAUGAACUAUUUGGGCGGGCUUGCAUGCAAAAAACGAACGGUUGAGAGGAGGAGAAGCGCGGCGCGGGAAUCGUGGAUCGUGGAUGGGGGUAUGUCGAGCAGCGCAGACCCGCGCAUGUCAAACAGGCGUCAGAGAUUAGGUUUGCUGUUGAAACAACAUAUGGAUGGCCACUGAUUGACGGCGAGAAUAGGCAAGAGGAGAGGACUGAUUGGAGGGGUGAGGAGAGGAGAAGAGGAGGGAGAAGGAGAGGAGAAGAGGAGGGAGAAGGAGAGGAGAAGAGGAGGGAGGAGGAGUGAUUGACGUGAGGAGGAGAGGAGAAGAGGAGGGAGGAGGAGUGAUUGACGUGGGAAGAGAGGAGAAGAGGAGGAGAAGAGGAAAGAAGCGGUUUUGGUAGGAGAGGAGAAGUGAUUGACGGUGGAGGAGAGGAUAAGCGAGGACUGAUUGGCGGGAGAAGGAGAGAAGACGAGACGAGAGGACUGAUUGACAGGGGAGCAGGCGAGACGAGAGAAGAGAUUGGCGGGGGAGGGGACGGGAAGAGGAAAGAAGAGGUAAGGUGACUGUGGAGGAGAGGAGAAGAGGAGUAGAGGAGGAGAAGGAAUAACGGGCAAGGAAGAGAGAGAAAAGGGUAACGAAGCCAUUUUACUUAGCAGCAGCGAAAAUGAGCUUCACGGGACCUAUUCGUCAAGACUGGGAACCGGUGGUGGUGAGGAAGAAAGCACCCACCGCCGCGGCGAAGCGAGAUGAGAAGGCUGUGAACACAGCGCGACGGACGGGAGGAGCGGUGGAGACGGUGAAGAAGUACAACGCAGGGAGUAACAAGGGAGCAUCGACGAGUACAGGACUGAACACCAAGAAGCUGGACGAUGAGACGGAGGUCUUGGCACAUGAGAAGGUGUCUACUGACCUGAGGAAGAACUUGAUUGCCGCGCGGAUGGAGAAGAAGUUGACCCAGGCACAACUGGCACAGCAAAUUAAUGAGAAACCCCAAGUUGUACAAGAGUACGAGUCGGGAAAAGCCAUCCCCAAUCAGCAAAUCAUCAGCAAGAUGGAGAGAGUUCUGGGCGUGAAGUUGCGCGGUAAGAAAUAGUCAGCUAGCUAGCGAUGAAUUGCUUGCUCGCUUAGCAGAGAAGAAGCUAAGUGGUUGCGGGCGACGCCAGUGUGUGUGUGUGUGUGUGUGUGUGUGUGUGAGAGAGAGAGAGAGAGAUUGAGAGAGAGAGAGAGAGAGAGAGAGAGAGAGAGAGAGAGAGAGAGAGAGAGAGAGAGAGAGAGAGAGAGAUGCUGGUUACGGCGGUCGCGUAAAUGAAGAAGACAGUGAAGAGAGAGAGAGAGAGUGUAAUGAAGGCGGGCUAGUCAGGCAGGGAUGAGAACGAGAGCAAAGCGGAGGGAGGAGACACGGCGGGGGGCGUGGGAUUGACAAAGAGACGAGGAGAGGUGGAAAGACGGAUGCGUACUGAGUUUUCUGGGCGCUAGCGAUCGGGAAAUUGAUGGGAAUAUGGGCAGGGAGGGCAGGCGGCGAGGAGGAAAGGGACUUUUGCGGGCGCACAGGCAGAGAGGGAAGGAACUUUUGCGAGAUCGAGAGAAGGGAGUUUUGCGAGAGGGAGACAGGGAGAGAGAUGGAGAAAGAGGGAGGGAGGGAAAGAGGGAGAGAGGGAGACAAGGUACUGUGCGAGAAAGACGGGACUGUUGCGAGAGGGAGAGAGGGGAAGAGAGAUGUGUGUGCGUCAGUCAAGGAGAGAAGACUAUGAUUACCUGAAUCUGGAAGUGGUGUGUGCGCGAUGUCUUAGCAGGUGCAAACGAGAGGUAAGACGGCUGAGGUGCGCUGACAAAUGCACGGGAGUGAGAUCAUAUGCGGCGACGAAGAGGCGCGCAGUGAUUGACCUUUAUCGCUUUGUAAAGUCUGAUCGAUAUGCUGAUUGUUGUUGACCUGAGUCCACUGCGAUUCUCUCCGUGCUUUUGUAAUUAUACGGAUAGGCGGAUGAAGGAUAAAGGAUACAUGAUUGACUACGUGCUCAGUCAUGGGGGAAUUGAAUUGAUUGAAUGCGGGGAAUGUGUGCACUCGUUGAUGUGGGUUCUCGUUGAUGGACGAAGAAGCGCGAGGGAGUCAUCGCGCUCGGUUUAUCGGUGACAGGCAGUUGGGACCGUUUCGAUCUGGAAUGGGUGAAGACGAACAAGGCGGAGUGAGUGAUUGAAUGAUGUUUGUUGGCGCGCGCGCUGCUACCGUCAUCACCCGAAUAGAACGUCCGGCAAUUCUCGACGCAUGUGGAUUGAAAGUUGCAUCAAAUACACAGCCAUGUGUUCUGUUCUGGUAAAGACGGUAGGUUUGUGUUCUCGACGGAGAAGGAAUGAAAGUAUGGGCGUGGGGCAAGGAAAGAAUCGCAGGUAGUGGCCAGUGCGUCGUGAUCGGGACGCGGGUCCAGUUCACAGUUAUAUCACGAGAGAGAGAGAGAAAGAGAGAGAGAGAGAGAGAGAGAGAGAGAGAGAGAGAGAGAGAGAGAGAGAGAGGUUUCGUUAUGAACAAGCUCGUAACUCUUGGAGAGUCCCCAGGAUGGAUGGGGGAGAGGGAAAGGGAGGGAGGUGGGUGAGGGAGGGAGGGAGGUGUAAAAGAGCAGCGAAUGAAUGGGCGGAGUGAAAGGGACGGGGUUUGGGUUAAUAGAUGACAAGUGAAAUAUCUCCGGGGCUGUCUCGAAAGGGUUUUGUCCUUUCUUUUGGGUUUCAGACUUACUAUGUGUAGUCUGGCGCUGUGAACUCGGCGUUGUACAUUGACAAAGUUCUCGGCGUUGUACAUUGCAAGGUUUUAUUCAGGGUUUUGAUCCAACGGUUCAAUCUAUAUUGGAAAUGGGGAUCGCGUCGGAGAGUGUGAGGAUUCUGUCUGUUGAACUUUAUGGGGCAUUUUAAGGGACUUGUAUGUAAUUGGUGAUACGCUGACAUUUUUGUGUGGGGUACGGGGACAUAGUAUCUGGACCGUUCUUUGUUUCCCAUUUUAGGAAAGCUUUCUUCG